AAAAGGAUGAGGUGGGAUAAUCACUGAUGACACGGGUAUUCAUUUUCAUUCACAGCUCCACAGAGAAUGAAAUAGUGCAUCGUGACAUGCAGGUAGAUCUGGGCGCAAUUUGGGGAUGGACUGGAAAAUGGCAAUAUAUGCGGGCAUUGCCAAUUUCUGGUCCAUCUCAUAAAUAACCUAAUGGUCCAAAUGUCGCCUGUUCUAUUUAACUAGAGAGUUCACCUCCAUAAUCCUGACCGAGAUUACAUACCACCAGUGGCAUUCUAUAAUCAAAUACUUAAGAUGCUGCAUGAUGCCGUCGCCGAGCAAAGAACAGUCUAACCCAAUGCAUUUCAAAUCAUAGUGUGGGAAUUCGGGACUUCAACCAGGUUUGUUUGAAGAAAACCCUGCCCAAUUACCAUCAGUGUAUAACCUGUAGCACCAGAGGUCACAACACACUAGACCACAGUUAUACCAAGAUAAGGAGUGUCCACCGUUUCAUGCCCAGACUGCAUUUCAGUAAAUCAGAUCACUUGGCGCUCCUUCUCCUACCUUCAUCAGGCAGAGGCAAACUAGCAACGCUCCAGAGAUUAGGACAACAAAGAGGUGGUCACAGGAUGCAGAGGAGCAACUGUGGGGUUGUUUCGAGUCAAUGGACUGGGCAUUAUUCAAGGACUCAUCUAUGGAUCCAAAAUCUUCUGUGUCUCCUAAUCAUUUGUGGGGCAUGAGAAACCACGACAAAAUUGGCACCAGGGUGCACCCAAACAAAAGGUAAGCACUUUUUGCGACAAUUUAGACUAAGACUUCUGUUGGCUUUGGGGAGGUCUUGGAGUCUCAGAAGUGUGGAACCACUGCCGAAGUGUCUCUCCGGUCCAAAGAAUCUGGCAGAAUUGGGGGUUAACAGGAGGCUCAGGUGAUUGUUCAAGAAUAUUGCAGUGAGGAGAAGUACAAUAAAAAGUUAAGUUAAGAAAAAUUCCAAGUGGUGUUGGUAAGUCCCUGUGGAUACCACUUCGUAUAAAACGGUCUGAACGGGCAGGGAAAGGAAAAAUGGAAAAAAUCCUCGUGGAUACCGCCUUAAGAUAAGGGUCUGAAUAGAUAAGGUGCAAAGAGAAAGUUCUGUGGAUACCGCUCUGAAUAGCGAUCUGUACGGGCAGAACAGAAUAGGAAACAAGGACAGUCCAAUAUAUAGUUUAAAGCGCUGGUAGAUAGACAAUAGACUAGGCAUAGAAUUAGAGUAAAUAAUAUUAUCCAGUAAACAAACUGUGAAUCUCUGAAAUACCUUAAAAAGAGAGAAUAACAUGACAGGUAAAGGAACGGCAGUAGAGAUUCUGAGCAAAAAAUUCCUGAUAAAUAAAUAUGAGAUCACAAAAACUUCAGAAAAAUGGGGAAAAAUGAACCAAAAACCUGGUCACAAAGUGGCCAAGAGAAGGAACGUUUGAUGUAAGUUUGUGCGAAGAAAUGGAGGGACUAAUUAAAAAUUACAAACCAAAAGAUAAAUCUAAGAAAAGAGGGCAAAAAAGAGAAUGAGAAAUGGAAGUGCUAAAACUCUUCAGAACGGAGGGAGAAAGGCUGAGGAGGACAGGUAGAAUAUUGAUUACAAGCGAGGAAGACACUAAGGUGCUGGAGAAACAGCCUGUUAGAGAGAGAGGAAGGUACAGUGAGAAACUGGCUUCAGCUCCGUACCCGGAUGCGACAGAAACAGAGAAACCCCUUCCCUAUAAUGAGGAAGGAACCCCUAAGCAGUGCCCCCUGCUGACAGGAACAGUAAACAUGCAGGGAGAAGUACAAGUUUGGGAUAAUGAGGAGGAAAAAAAACAAUACGAGAAGGAAAAAGCGGGGAUAUGGAAGGAGAUACAGGCAGAAAGGAUAAAGGUGGAACAGGCACAGAGAGAAAUGGAAGAAGGGAUUGAACUGAUGAAAUACUUGAGAGAGGAAAAGGAAUAUGAGGAGUAUCGGUUAUACUAUAGAAAUAAACAGACUAGAAAAGAAGGUGACUCAUUGGAGGAGCAAGAGUUAAGUGGAGAGAGAGAGGUUGUGAGAAUUUGUGGGGAAGAGGUAGGAGGCAGAAGCCCAGAAGAGCAGAAGGAGGCGGUAGGGGAGUGACUUGCGGAAGUAGAGAGAGAGCCAGAUAGGUCACAUGAGAAGAGAUUGUCUGUUUACACCAUGGCCUGACACACACCAGCAGGAACCGAUAAGAAGGGAACUAAAGUUUAGCCAAGGACCAGCCCCCACAGGCCUAAGCGGACCUGUGGACCCCUAUGCGAGGUAUUAGGGGUGCCCCGAGAACUUGAGUGGAAAGGGACAUUACCCAAUGAUAACAAGGGAGGCAGGCGAGGAACCCAUUGUUCAGGUUAUGUUAGAAGGGCAACUGACACCAAUGAUGAUAGAUACUGGAACCACGUACACUUGUGUACAGCCACAGUAUGCCCUUCACCUUCCCAUGUCAGGAAAGUUUAUUAAGACGGUAGGGUUCUCAGGGAAAACACAGUUGACACAGUGCACGGCUCCAGUGCAGUUGAGAAUGGGAAAUAAAGGAAUUGUUUUGCCGGUGCUAGUAUUUAAAGGAACUCCGAUUAAUUUGUUAGGCAGAGAUGCCUUAUUGAAACAGGAAUUAAAAUUAGAAUGCACCAGAAAUGGGCUGAGUGUGGAAAGAGCAGGGGCUCAAUUGACAGUGCGAGAAGACAAGAAGGCUAAUGUCUUUUGGAUAGGAGACAUCGCAGAUCAGUUUCAGGAAACCUGGGAAAAAUGGGAAAAGGGCAUGCAGGCUAUAUUACCCAGGGCUGUAAUGCCCAAAUCUGAGCUACAUUGUGCAGUGAUUUUUGACGAGACUCAGAACAGGGAGUUAGAGGAGAGAUGGCACCUAGAGGCAUAUACCCAACAGCACCUGGAAUGGGAGGCUGUGAUAAUUGGAAAGCAAAGGGCAGCUUUACAAGUUAAGUGGAACACCUUUUUAGAAAAAUGGUACACUAUACCAGAGGCUGCGCCCCACGUAACAUUGUUGGUAAACAAGGGAUAUCAGUCUAAAGACUUAGGACCCUUAGUUACGAGUGUUGAAACCGUAACAGUGUGGAGGAAAAUCACGCCAGAGGUGUGGAUAUCAGAAGACAACAAUUGCAUUAAAAUAAUGGUAAGUGUAGAUAUGGUAGGGACAGGGAGAAAGGUUGAAAUAACUCCCCAACCACACCUGCCCUUGCUGGGAAAGGAAAGAGGCCAGCGGGAAGAUAAAAGGUUAGAUGAGUUGCCUUCUAUUCUGUGGUCACAGCAUGACACGGACGUAGGGAAAAUAAAAACAGCUAGUCCGGUGGAAAUAAGGCUGAAAAGGGGAGCAAUUUCACCUAGGAGACCACAAUACCCUCUAAGACAAGAAGCAGAAGAGGGAAUAGCAUCGACAGUGCAGGGUUCUCAGUAGUGCAGCAGGAUCAGUCGAGCUAUAAGAUUAUUAGGAUGGAGUCCUGUCCCCAACCAUGUUCCGCCCAACUAGCGGAAAUCAAAGCCCUGACAGCUGCGUGUGAAAUGAUGGAAGGUGAGAAAGUAGACAUCUAUACUGAUUCGGCAUAUGCCCAUGGAGUAUGCUAUUUGUUCGGGGCAGUGUGGAAGCAGAGAGGUUUUAAAAAAAGUACUGGUGAUCCCAUACAACAUUGUCAGCAAAU